UUCACGCUCCCACGGUCUCACUCUCACCUCCAAACCCAAAUCCCCAAACCCUAACCACAGCACCUACCUCCGCCGCCACCGCCGCCAUGGCAGGAGCAGGAGUCGGCGGCCGCAAGGCUCGCAACUUCGCGACCUUUCGCCUAUUCCCCCGCGACGGUGCCGCCGACCCCAACGACCGCGUCUUCGUCCGCGUCGACAACAACGCCUACACCAUCCCCGGCUUCGGCGACGACGAAGACCCUUCCCUCUCCCCCACCGCCGCCGCCGACCAAUUCCCUUCCUCCACCUCUGGCCCCCUCCCCGACCACGUCCGCCAGCAGAUCCUUGAGCUCGGCCUCCCCGACGAUGGCUACAACUACCUUCUCCAUCUCCGUGAGCUGCGGCCCUCCGCCGUGGCCUCCUCCUUCGUACCCAGCCACACCGCCCGCCCAGAGCAACUUCCCCUGGACGUGAAGGCCUAUGAUGCAAGCAAGGUGCGGGUUGCUUCUGGCAAGGUCGAGGAAGAGCUGGACGAGGGGAGGACCAUGUGUAAGGUGGCCGCAAAGACGGCACCGGUCAGGCGAGUUGAGAAGGCCGUCGACCCUGACGUUGCAAGGUUGCUCGAUGAGAGCGAGGAUGAGGGUUUGGAGGAGGAUUUCGUCAUCAUGGCAAACCAAGCCGAAGGGGAUGAUAUGGAGGAUGAAAGUGAGGAAGAGGGGGGCGGUGUGUUCAGUGAUGUGGAAAAUGAUGAGGAGUUCGAGGAUGAAGAGGGUGAGCCCAAGCCGAGGGUGCCACGGUUGCUGGAUGAACAAUUUGAUCUGCUUGCUUUGGAAGAAUAUGGAGCUAGUGAUGAUGAUGAUGGAGCUGUUAGAGAUGGGGAACAUGAACUCCCAACUGAGGUUAUAGAUGAAUUGAAGCUGUUCCACAAUCAAAAUGUAUGCGUUGAUGAAGAAUAUAGAACACCAGCAGAUUUUGUUCGUGGAAAACUUGACUCAACCACCGCUGAGGAGGUGGAUGAAUCUGCUAAUGUGAUCCAAAAGUGUGCUGAAUAUGCUGAAAGGUAUUUAAAUGAAACUGCAGAAGAUGAAGAUGUCUUGCUUGUUUCGGAAAGCAGUGAUGAAUCUGAAGUUUGGGACUGUGAGACCAUUGUUUCCACGUACUCUAACUUGGACAAUCACCCUGGCAAAAUUCAAACUCCAGGAAAUCCUAAAAAUCGUCUUCCCAAAGUUUUCCCUGGGGAAACAGCAACAACGAAAGAUAUCAUCAAGCUUCAUGGUAAAGAGAAACUUCCUGUAGAUUACCUGCCACAGAGGAAAAGAAAAGUUGAAAAGGAGAAGAAAGCAAAGCCCACAGAAUCUUCAGAUGCUGAAUAUUUUGAAAAGGUAGUAGUUCAGAAGGAAACAAAAGAUGAAAAGAAAGCUAGAAAGUCUGCAGUAAAAGAAGAGAAGAGAGAAGCCCGGAAAGCAAAGAAAGAGCUCAAAGAACUAUAUAAAUUUGAAACACAGAAGGCUCAGAAAGUUGCUGCUGUUACAGGACCAUCUUCCAUACGGCUAAUAUAAUUCCUACAUCUGCCGAACUGUUGAAGCCUUGAAGAAGACAGUAGUCCAGAGUAAGAUAGGCAUGUCAUAUGUAACUGCUGGUACCUGAGACAUUUCAUGCCUUGCUUAAGGUUGUCCCAUUCUCUGGACUGGAGGCAGUGAAUGAUUUUGCUUGGCAUUACCUUUUUACUGCCUAAUGUAUGAGUUUUGUGUUACCUUAAUGAGCACACCAAGUGAAUCAAAUGGGCGAAUAGUUUUGUAGUUUAAA